CAAAAGCAACCGUCGCGUCCCACCAUGAUCGAAGUUCUUAUUUUCAAUUUCAACCCACAAACUACGCCAGUGAAAGGAAAAGCAAUCCUGAGUUCGCCGUGCGGUAAUUACGAAAAUGAGCCACCUGUUGACUAGGUUAGCACUAAGGCGUUUGGUUGCCGGCGGUAACUGUGGCCGGUACCUGCCGUCGUCGCUGUCAGUGACUCCCGGAGCUGCAGGGGCGACGAUGGCGGUUGUGAAGCCGUGGGAUGACGUUGCUGUGGCUAGGGGCCAAGGUUUGGGGGCUUUGGUUGGUCAGUGGAGGAGGAUGGUGAGCUCGGUACCGGAGCAUGCAGCCCCGCCAGAGAAGGAGAAGAAAGAGAGUGGUGAAGCUGCGGUGAUGGGAGAAAAGAACGACGAAAUGAUGGUUUCAAGUUAUUGGGGCAUUUCUAAGAAAAAGAUCGUCAGAGAAGAUGGCUCUGAUUGGCCUUGGAACUGCUUCAUGCCUUGGGAAACAUACCAUUCCAACUUGACAAUUGAUCUGAAGAAGCAUCACAAGCCCAAAAAUUUUAUUGACAAAGUUGCUUUCAGGACUGUGAAGAUUCUUAGAAUUCCUACGGAUAUUUUUUUCCAGAGGAGGUAUGGCUGUCGUGCAAUGAUGCUUGAAACUGUGGCUGCUGUUCCUGGUAUGGUGGGAGGGAUGCUGUUGCACCUGAGGUCUUUGCGCAAGUUUGAGCAAAGUGGCGGCUGGAUCAAGGCAUUACUUGAAGAAGCUGAGAAUGAGAGGAUGCACCUAAUGACCAUGGUAGAGCUUGUGAAACCCAAAUGGUAUGAAAGGCUGCUGGUUCUUGCUGUUCAGGGAGUCUUCUUCAAUGUUUUUUUUGUGCUUUACGUUCUAUCUCCCAAGCUGGCGCACAGAAUUGUCGGGUAUCUGGAAGAAGAAGCUAUACACUCUUAUACAGAAUUUCUGACGGAUAUUAAUAGUGGGGCAAUUGAGAAUGUUCCAGCUCCUGUUAUUGCAAUUGACUACUGGAGACUGCCUAAGGAUGCAACCCUGAAAGAUGUUGUUACUGUUAUCCGUGCAGAUGAAGCCCACCAUCGGGACGUUAACCAUUUUGCUUCUGAUAUUCAUUUCCAAGGGAAGGAGUUAAGAGAGGCACCAGCUCCACUUGGUUACCGCUGAUAUCAGUCAUGUUCUCAUACGGUCAGAAUUGGAAUAUCCUAUGGUCUAUGCGCGCUAUACAUGCUCAAUUGCUUUCUUGAAUAAACCAGUUUUAGAAAUUUUGUUAGUUAUAUAUUUCAUAUGUGGUGUGUAUAUCAUGUAUAUGUAUGCGUGUGCGCGCCUUGAAAAUGCACUUGUCUUGCUCUGCCCCGCUUCUUUUCAGUUGGACGUUGUAUGAAUGAGGAAGUAAAUGUAGUCAAAACUGCAUGAUUUUUGUGGGCUGGAAAAGAUGCGUAUGAUCAAAAUUUUGCCAAGUAGUCUCUAUGGUUUUUUCGGAACAAAUGGUCCUAGUACACACUAAUAUUUUGAAUCUAA